GCCGGCCAGCAUUAGCGCUUUCGGUCUGCAGCCAGUCGCCCGCUCGCUGCUGUUGCCGGCGGCGGUCAUGGAUCGGGGUCCGCCGUGCGAUGCUGCGGCGACCUCGCUGGCGGAGGGGCUCAUCAAGUCCCCCAAGCCCCUGAUGAAGAAACAGGCGGUCAAGCGGCACCACCACAAGCACAAUCUCCGGCACCGCUACGAGUUCCUGGAGACGCUGGGCAAAGGCACCUACGGCAAGGUGAAGAAGGCACGGGAGCGAUCCGGAAAGCUGGUUGCUAUCAAGUCUAUCCGGAAAGAUAAAAUAAAGGACGAGCAGGAUCUUGUCCAUAUUCGGAGAGAAAUUGAAAUCAUGUCAUCCCUCAACCACCCCCACAUCAUUGCUGUUCAUGAAGUGUUUGAAAACAGCAGCAAGAUUGUCAUUGUGAUGGAGUACGCCAGCAAAGGAGACCUGUAUGAUUACAUCAACGAGCGCCAGAGACUCACUGAACAGGAAGCCCGGCACUUCUUCCGGCAGGUGGUGUCUGCAGUCUACUACUGUCACAAAAAUGGGAUUGUUCACAGAGAUCUGAAGCUAGAAAAUAUCCUUCUGGACUCUAAUGGCAACAUCAAGAUUGCAGACUUUGGCCUUUCUAAUGUUUUCCAGCAAGAUCGGUUCCUCCAGACCUUCUGUGGUAGCCCUCUGUAUGCAUCCCCUGAGAUAGUCAAUGGGAGGCCUUAUAAAGGACCUGAGGUUGACAGCUGGUCCCUCGGUGUGCUGCUUUAUAUUUUGAUUCAUGGAGUGAUGCCUUUUGAUGGCCAAGAUUAUAAGACCCUGGUCAAGCAGAUCACAAGUGGAGACUACAGAGAACCCACCAAACUAUCAGAUGCCUGUGGCCUGAUCCGAUGGAUGCUGAUGGUAAACCCAGAGCGUCGAGCGACCAUUGAAGAUAUUGCCAGCCACUGGUGGGUGAACUGGGGUUACAAGGUGCCAAUUGGGGAGCAGGAGUCCUUGCGUGAGAAUGAAUCUCCUCUGGCCACAGUAGCAGAGUGGCUGCGCCGCUCCUCAAGACCCCUGUUUGAAAACGGCUCCAAGGUACGCUGCUUCUUCAAGCAACACAUCCCAGGUAUCACACUCGAGAGGCAGCGCUCGCUGAAAAAGUCUAAGAAGGAGAACGAUAUAGCUCAUGCUCUACAAGAUAUGGGCCCUGCUCCAGAGCAUCCUUCAAAGUCCAUCCUGAAGAGGCCCAAAGGCAUCUUGAAGAAAAGAAAUUCCUGUGAGAAGUCUCAUGUUCCAUCUGCACUGCCACUGGUGCCUCCUGUAGAUGCAAGAAAAGAGGACAAUGCUGGACCGUCUGUUGAUCUGGCUUGUGUCUUGUCAUCCAGGGGUUUGGCAACCCCUUCCAUGCCCAAGAAAGGAAUUUUGAAGAAGCCUCAGAAGAGAGAGUCUGGGUAUUACUCAUCCCCAGAGCGUAGUGAAUCUGGCGAUGUGUUGGACUCUGAGAACUUAGACUUUGAUGCUGGCAUCUUUGCUGGCAACCCCUCUCCUGCUCAAAGCCCCAGUGGCCAUCCUGCCCAGCGGAAAGGCAUCUUGAAGCACAACGGCAAAUACUCUUCCAGCAGUACAGAGUCUGACAGCAUGCCUGUCAAGGUGUUCUCUUCAUUCGCUGAAGUUGCUUUGCCCAAGCUGUUGCUGGCUUCCCGUGUUCAUCCAUCCAGUGCAGUGAGUGAGGACAGCAUCCUUUCCACCGAGUCCUUUGACCAGCUUGACUUGCCUGAUAGAAUGCCGGGGAGCGGUGGUGGAGCACCCAUGCGUGGCUCUGUGUCUGUGGAUGAUCUCCUACAGUUGGAGGAGGCAGUGGAGGACAAGGGUCGCCGGCUCCGCCGCUGGACAGUUACUCGUUGCCAAAGCCCCCUUGCAGAUAGCUGUUUCUCUCUGGCAGACUGUGAAAAUGUCACUGAGGUCUACAAACGGGCUGUAGCAAUUAGCAUGAAACUGAGCUGAGGGACCCCUUGCCAACAAGGCCCCCCAGAAACUGUUGCUGCCAAACAAUGCAUAUAUUUGCAGAGACAUUUAGCAGCUUGGAUUCUGCUGGAAGGGAGCGGCGCUGUCCAAACAAUUUGCACUUCCCUUCGAUAUAGACAAGAUUGCUUUUGACAGUCUUUCUUUUCUCCCUGACCAGGCUGGAAGUGCAACUGCCUGGAAAUAUUUAUUUGUUGCAGAACUUUUGACUUUCUUGGAAUGUAUGGGGAGGGUUUUUUACUUUGAAGGAUGUGAAGCCUGCCAGCAGGCCAACAGUGGCAGGUGUGGUAUGUUUGGAGAGAAAAAAAGUAUGUUGAUGGAACGUUAGUGAAUGUAAGAAAUGAAGACAGUUAGUGCAGUGGGCUGGAGAAUUUGGGGAGUUACCUGUUUAACUGCAGGGCAAUGAGGUAAGGCUCCUGGCGAAAAAAAGUUGUCCCAGCAUAACUGGAGGGGAAAGCAUUAUGAAGACUAGUUGGUGUAGCUCUGUCACUUUCUGGAACAUCUUCAUCUCUCCAAACAGACCCUGACAAUAAUCUCAGAUCCUAGCAACUGGAGUGGUUAUUUUUGUUUGCACUGUGCUCCUUAAAUUGCACAAUGAUGGUAGAGGUAGAAAUGCUUCUGAAGUGAGAUUGUGACACAGCAAGGUAAUAAGAAAGGCAUAGCCCUUUCUGUCCUGUUAGAAAAUCUGCACUACAAACUUAAAGGAGCUUAACUGUACUGGUACUUCUUUCCCCUUCCAGAAAAGCAGAGCAAUUUGCUAACCCUCAUAAAACCAAGUAUUCCUUGCAUAAGCCAUGGCAGUUAAACUUAAGCUUAAGUCCACCUCAUGGAGAUGCCAUCUUUGGGGCAUUGGACAGAAGAGGGUCACACAGAAGCUGAAAAUUUUUUCCCUUUGCUCAUCUCUACUUUGGUUAUUUUUACAAGACUGGAAUAGUUGAGCUUGGAGUGGUGUAUGUUUUUCAGCUCUGGCUUUACAAAUUGACCAGGGUGACCAGAAGAUUACCUCCUUUGGCAUCUCAGGUCUCUGCACCUCCUGAAGGAGGGUGAUAUGGUUCAGCUGGGCUACAACUUUGGCAGAAAGACAGUUAGCCUAAGGUUGCUGAAUCAUAGCAUUUGCAAACAUCUCUGGAGACUGGUAUAUAGUUGGUUUUGGACUGGGCCUUGUUAACCAGCACCGGGGCACUGAGGAGAUAUGUGGAAGUGCCAAAUGAAUACCCCUUCCUCAACUGCGGGCGGGGGGGAGGGACAGCUGUGGAAUUUAAAAUAGUGGACAUUUAGUCCUGCCAAAAUAUGAUUAAACAUGUAUGAUUCUUUUAAAAAAAAUAUUAUGACUCUGUGUUUUGACCUUGUCAUGAUGGAUUUUUAAAGUAUUAAAACACUGCCUUUUCUCAGCCAUGUGAGCAAUUUGACAGAAGUAAAGAAAAGCCCUGAAUGGUUUAGAGCAUUUCUUUAUAAAGUUCUCACAAUUCCUUUUUUAUUUUUUUGAACCUGAAGGAGGGUGAAAACUGUAAUUUUACCAUGCUUUGGAUUUUGAUACCCCAAUGCACUAUCUUGCCAUGUGCUGUCUGAUUGCCUCUCCCAAGUUCUGUUAUGUUUCUUCCCAUCCAGAGAAGCUAAAUUAAAUUAAAAGCAAAUGUGAGACCUUG